AUGAAUUCGUAUUUCGCAAACCCGACGCUCUCCUGCCAUUUAAGUGGUGGUCAAGAAGUUUUACCCAACGUGGCCCUGAAUUCGACCACCUAUGACCCCGUUAGACAUUUUUCGUCCUACGGCGCUGCGGUUGCCCCAAACCGGAUCUAUUCCUCACCUUUCUAUUCGCCCCAAGACAACGUUGUGUUUGGAUCGAGUCGGGGACCGUACGAAUAUGGAUCUAACGUAUUCUAUCAGGACAAAGAUGUGCUGCCUAGCUGCAGGCAGACAAGCAUGGGACAGAACGUGCAGAGUUCGCUCGCGCAGGAUUACACUUCGGAUCAGUGCAGGACAGGAUCGCAGGAGCAGAAGGGAAGUAUUCAGAUCUACCCGUGGAUGCAGCGAAUGAACUCUCACAGUGGAGUCGGGUAUGGGUCAGACAGACGGAGAGGACGACAGAUCUACUCCCGGUACCAAACACUGGAACUGGAGAAGGAGUUUCACUUCAAUCGCUAUUUGACGAGACGUAGGCGUAUAGAAAUUGCCAACGCUCUCUGUCUAACAGAACGCCAGAUCAAAAUCUGGUUCCAGAACCGCCGCAUGAAAUGGAAAAAAGAGAGCAAUCUAACGUCAACUCUGACGGAAAGUGGUUCGGCAGGGGUGACUCAGGAACCAGGGAAGAGAGAAGAAGAAGAGGAGGCGGAGAAGAAAAAAGAGUGAAAGCGGUUCCCGAUGCUCCAAAAUCAUAACUACGCUAAGCGCAAGUUAAGGAUAACCUAACUACCUAAUGUACAUUUUAUCUGGCACAAGUUUCACACAGCCAUGCGGCCACGCUCUCAUGCACGCACAUGCAAACGAACACGCACGCACCA